GAUGGGUUUGAGCCCAUCAUCGCCAUGUUUUACUCUGUUUUCCACCCCACUGAAGGAACGAAAGUUAUUCAUCAAGUACCAAGUGGGGUGAUAGUCCCACCUUCUAAUGAACCACUGUUUGAUUUUGAUACCAUCAAAAACUAUGUCAUACCGAAACCAAGUUUGUGCAACAAGUUGAUCACUUUAAAAAUUGACAAAUAUAGAAUUCUUGGAUUCCCAGUCAACAUAUAUGCUCAACAAUAUGCUAGAAACUCUUUUGGCUUCAAUUUUUGUUUUGUGUUUUCAUAUGAAAGUGACACAACACCUUAUGAGGGGAAUAUCAAAAGAAUAGGAAAAAUGUUUAGAGCUUUAGAGGAACAAAGUCAGCUUCUAUCAAAAUCUUUAAAAGAUUCACAUAAAAUUUCAUCAAUUGAAUCUCUGAUACAGCAAAUAUUUCAAGAUUUGAACAAUUACUCAGAGUGCAUGAUUCCAAUUGAUGCAUCCAACUCUGUUGACCUCAAACUUUUUCCAAUUUCACCCCCACCUCCUCAAGUGCAUUCACAUGAUGUACCAAUAGCUUUGGUCAAGUUAGAUUUACUUAUCGAUUCAUUAUGGGAUCCUACAAUGUUGAAAAUCAUGCCUUUCAUCAACGGCAUAAAUUCCAUAGCCCAAAUCAGUGAAUUCUCUGAUGCAAACUUAGACCUAACUAAAGAGUGUAUUAGACACUUGUUGCACUACAAAUCGAUUGCAUUAUUAGACAUUUUUCAAUUUCAAAAUCACUAUACAAUUACCUCAUUGAUAGGAAACUUUUUACGGGAUCCAAACAUGGCCAGCGCUUGUCAAGACUACGUAUUAAACAUUCGCAAAAUCACAUUACCUUCCAAGGCAACACUUUUCCAGCUUUAUAAUGCUCUGAACUCAAACAUGUCAGUGUCUCAGUGGUACAUGGAAAAUGCUAAGCUCUUAGAGUUCAUCGAUGUUCGAAAGUUCAUCACUUUUGGUACACGAAAUGGUAUUAUAACUAGGAUUCAUUGGUAUCCUGUU